CGGUGGCUGUAACAUGCAUAUCUCGCCGUGUGCACUUGCUGAUUCCAAGCAGGAUUCUGUCGCACAUGACAACGACGACCUGGAACGACGCGGAAGCUUAGUGUCACAGACCGCGACGCAAAGUGUUGAGCCGUCUGCUGCAAAUGCCUCUCCUGACGACCAAACCAAGCCGAACGGGCCAGCGAACAUGAUGGGAAACAAUUUCAUGAUGAACGGCCAGAUGGGGUUCGGUUUCCAAGGCCAAGGCAACUUCGGUGGCAUGGGUUUCAAUGGCAUGUCCAACAUGAUGAGCAAUGCUAAUUGGAACAACAUGAAUCCUAUGGGUACGUCCUAAUUGCCUGAAAUGACUUUCGAAGACUAGGAGAUUAACACUUGCUAAGAUUACAACAUGUACAACAACUUCGGUGGAAACAUGGGCAUGGGCAUGAACGACAUGUCCGCCAUGAACAUGAUGAACUACGGUGGCGGCUACGGCAACGGAUGGAAUGGCAUGGGCGGUGGCUAUGGGAACUUCAACGGAUUCAACCAGAUGGGCGGAUAUAAUCAAUCUGGAGCAUAUCCCGAGAUGAUGAACCAAUUCCCCAAGAACAAUUUCCAAAACCAGAACCAGAAUCGUAUUCCUGCCAGUCAAGGAGGAGCCCACCCUCAGACAAACAAUAGGGCUGGCAGCCAGGCUGGCUCCAUUUCUUGGCCUGGUGGACAGAGCGUCAACAGUCGUCCUGGAAGCCGCAGUGGACCAGCGCAAAACGUACGUCGAUCUCAUAAACAUUUGCCAAGACGAUCGUCUUUGGUGUUAUAUCGUUUGAAACCAGCAACUGACGAUAUUUCCGUACAGCAGCGUGCCGGCGAGUCACCUGACGCAUCAAGCGGUGCAGCCGCCAGUUCGAAGCCGGAGGACGAGCAAGACCCUGGUGUCAAGCCCAUUGAAGAAGGUAAUGAACACGAUGGGAGCGCGGAAGGCGCUGCGCUAGCCGCCGGUUCCGCCACUGCUGAUGUUGAAGAUGCCAACAACUCAGCUGCAUCGGGGGAGCAGAACGACGCCUCUGUGCAAUCAAACGGCUUGAAUCAGAUACAGACCGUCGAAACCGAGGAUGGAGACAUGCAGGGUUACAAUCAGCCGAUGAUGGGUAACGGCAUGGGCUUUCACAAUGGCAUGAUGAAUCAGUUCCCCAACCAGAUGCAAAUGAAUGCACCUUUCGAUCCUACCAUGAACAUGGGAUUCCACCAGACCAACAACUUUGGUCCCCGUGCUGGCUUCAAUGCAGCAUACGGCGCUGCUACAGUCUUGACAGGCGAGCCGCAGGGUCGUGGUGUGGCAGGUGCGCCCACAGGCCCGCGAGCGAUGCGCGAGGGCAGGCCGAACACAGGCUUCUCAAGUCGAAUGAAUAACGCGCGCUACCAGCCGCCACCGAAGAGCGUCGCAUCUACGCAGAGUGCUGGUGCUCGCAGCCCGCAGCGGACAGCCCGAUCGUAAGCACAACACAUGACAUCUCCACAAACACAAUGCUGACCCUCAAGCAGACGCUCACCGCAGCGAGACGAGAGCCUCCGAAUCAAGGAGAGAUCAGUGUCACGCUCUCGCUCAAGAUCACGAGCAAGGGAUGUUGAGACGGACGACCGCCGAGAUAGGUCGCGCUCUGCAGACAGGGAGUCGAAACGGGAAGGCAGAGGACGUUCAGCAACACCACAGGGUGAUGAGGACCACGAACGCCGCAAAGACCGCCGACACCAUCGGUCCUCACGAUACGUCGAUGAUCGUGAGGAAGACCAUGACGAUCGACACCGCGAUGAUAGAGGUAGCCGCGGCGACAGAACGCGCAGCGCCUCAGUUGACUCCAAGCACCGCAGCAGUCGCCGCGAAAAGGAGAAAUCGCGCUCUUCUCGCUCACAGCGCGACCGCAGCAAGGAACAU